AUGCCUCACUCCACGGCCGCAGACGUCUAUGACCUGCGCAUCGUCGUCAUCGGCGCAGGUACGUCCCCCCUCAAAACAACCCCCAGACCCACCCCCAGAUCUCUAACAACCCUCUCAGGCAUGGGAGGCUUAGGCACCGCCCUCGCCUUCGCCAAAAAGGGCUUCAAAAACAUCUCCGUCUACGAAACUGCCUCCAACCUCGGCUUCGUCGGCGCGGGAAUCCAAAUGCCACCAAACGUCAUGCGCGUCCUCGACCGCCUCGGAGUAGCCCCCGAGAUCGAAGCCGAAGCCACCGACGUCCAAGCCACCAGCAUCAGACAGGGCAGCACAAACGAAGAGCUCGCCCACGUCUCCAUGCCUGACAUUCGUGAGAAAUAUGGGUUUCCUCAUCUCACCGGUCACCGCUCCAACCUCGCGGGGAGUCUGUAUAACGGCUGCUUGAAGGAACCGGCGAUCAAAUUCCACUUUGGCACAUCCCUUGUCAACAUCACGUCCUUCUCCCCCAAGCCAACGUUGAUUUUCAGGUCCCGUGCUCAGGAAGAGGAGUUCAUAGUUGAAUGCGAUAUUUUGCUUUCGGCGGAUGGGAUCAAAUCCCUUACCCGGUCUCACCUUCUCAGGGCGUCGCACAACUUGACGCAGACGGAAGAGGAGGACACCGGCCAGGCUGCGUAUAGAAUCAUGCUCACAAGGGAACAGCUUGCCCCUUUUCCGGAGCUCAUCAAGUUGCUGAAUAGCAACACUGUGGUGAGGUGGGUGGGUGAGAGGAGGCAUAUUAUUGCGUAUCCUGUCUCUAACCACAACAUUUACAACAUCUCGACUGCUCACCCGGAUACCAACUUUGCCUCGGCCACGUCGGCGACGUAUACCACCAAGGGCUCAAAAUCGCAGAUGCUGUCGGUGUUUGAGACUUUCUGCCCGCUGGUGCAGGAUAUGCUUAACCUCGUACCUGAUGGUGAAGUCUGCGAGUGGAAACUGCGGAUUCACAAGCCUCUUCCUACUUGGGUUCACGGGUCGGUUGCUCUUGUUGGGGACGCGUGCCAUGCCACGCUUCCGCAUCUCAGUCAGGGUGCGGCGAUGGCCAUUGAGGACGGGGCGGUCUUGGCCGAGGUUGUAAGCGAGAUUCCGGCGGAGAAGAUUCACGAUGGGGAGACGAUUACCAAGACAUUGAAGGUGUAUGAGUUGUUGCGGAAGCCGCACUGUACCGCGCUGGUGGAUCUGGCGACUCACUCUGGACGGGUAUUGCAUUUGGGAGAGGGCAAGGCGAAGGAGGAGAGGGACAAGGCAUUUAAGGAGAACGGAAAGUCAGGGUCGGUGCCUGACAAGUGGGCUAGUCCGGACGUGCAGAAGAUGAUUUAUGCGAAUGAUUGUGUUAAGGAGGCGAGGGAGAGGUUUGGGGAGUUGUUUGCUAGCUUGUAG